UGCUAUCAAACAGGUUGCUUUGCCUGGCUAGCCAACACAUUGUUGGCGCAGAUAAAUGUGGCACCGUUGUCACUGGGAGUUUGACGGCACAUGGGAGAUCGAGUGAACAUGCGGGGAUGUGACUGCAUCUAGAAAAAGCCUGAAGAUGGACAAGCCUUUUGACCCUAAACACCCGAGGAAACAAAGAAAGGAGCCUGCUGAACCACACACAGCUUCAUCACCCCCUCUGAUGUUACCAAAUCCUUAUGUUUCCGACGAGAUUUCAAGAGGAAACCGGUCAGGUCUGAGUCCAAAGCCAGCAAGAAAAGGAGGAGAUGUACCAAGGAGUCAUGGCUAUAACAACAGUCGCUAUGUUAGAGAGAGCAGUGAUGAUUUCCUACAGAGAGACAGGUCCAUACGGGAUCUACAAGCAAAGGCAUCAAAAAGCAACAAAGACUCUCCUUUUCAAGGCAGAAUCAUGGGCAAGAACACUAUGGACCCACAGAAAAAAGGUGCCAGAUCUGCCCCCAACUCUGCAAGGAGGUCAAAACCAACACAGACCAACUUGGUCCCAUUUGAAGUGAAGAUGGCAGACUUCCCGGAGUUGGCUGGUGUUUCACUGGGUAGAGCAGGCCCUCCCCUUGUUCAGAAAGAGUGCUGGGGUCCAGCUCCUCAAUCAACGAGCUCUCAAAUGCAAAUGUCAACAUCUGCCUGGAAGUCUGGCAGGAGAGGAUCCCCAACACAGCCUGAUCCCCAACAAAGUGCCACUAAUUUUAAGCCAGAUUCCCCUGCCAUCACACCAGGUCAGCAGGUGGUGACAUCAUGGGCUAAUGUUGCCUCUCAGCCUCCGAAGAAACUCGUCCCUAAAGAGAAGACAGUCAGCAGGAACCACAUGCAGAUGGAAGAAAUGGCUGCACAGCAGGAAGAGGAAGCCCCAGGGAAGAAAAAACGGAAGAAAAAGAAGAAGAAGGCUAAAGGUGCUGGUGAAGAUGCAGAGGCGGAGUCAUUAGAACUGGCAGUUUAUCAGGAGCCUCCAAAAUUUGAGGAUGAAGAGGAGUUUCCAGGCUUGACAAAUGCUUUGACUGGGACUGAUAGAUUGAUAAGCAGCAGCAAUGCAGCAAAGCUAUGCAAUGAGGAAAACCAAAGAGAAGGAGUUCAGUACCAGUCUGUUGACCAGAACAAGGAAAAAUCAUCUACAGCAAAAACUGUGCCCACAGAGACAGCUAAAAAAGGACAGAAAGCUGAAAAGGUUUCUGGGAAGAAGAGCAAAGCCCCUGUUCAGCUGGAUAUUGGAAACAUGUUGGUCGCGCUGGAAAAGAAGCAACAGUCUCAAAAAACCAAGCAAGACGCCAAACCAGUCAUUCUUUCAGUUGGUGGGGGACUACCUGUUGUACAGAAGCAGCCAUCAGUCCAGAAGAAGCUACCCUGGCAGCAGGAUAAAAUUGCACACAAUCCCCUGGACUCCACCAGCCCUUUGGUGAAGAAAGGAAAGCAGAGAGAGGUGCCCAAAGCCAAGAAACCCACUCCUCUCAAGAAGGUCAUUUUAAAAGAAAGGGAGGAAAGGAAACAGAGACGUUUGCUGGAGGAGAGAGGUCUGCUGCCUGAAAAUGAGUUCCAACCUGCUGAUAAUCCUGCAGAAGAAGAGCAGUGCGACACAAAGGCCACAGACGAGGUUGGGAGUCCUACAGAGGAACUUGAUGAUGAGUCUGAGUUUAACGGCACAAACCAGAUGGUGAAAGGGGGUGAUGAGGAGUCUGACACAGGCGAGACUGCAGAGCAACAAACCACGUUACCUGUGCCCUCCUCAGUCAGUCGGCCCAAAAUCCACAGCAGAAAGUUCAGAGACUACUGCAGCCAGAUGCUGAGCAAAGACGUGGAUGAGUGUGUGACGGCGCUGCUCAAGGAGCUGGUUCGUUUCCAGGACCGCCUGUACCAGAAGGACCCCAUGAAGGCCCGCAUGAAGAGACGGAUUGUGAUGGGGCUCAGAGAGGUCCUGAAGCACCUCAAGCUCAGGAAGGUCAAGUGUGUCAUCAUCUCACCCAACUGUGAACGAAUUCAGUCCAAAGGUGGCCUGGAUGAGGCUCUCCACACCAUCAUCGACACGUGUCGUGAACAGGGGGUGCCAUUCGUGUUUGCGCUGUCCAGGAAAGCUUUGGGUCGCUGUGUCAACAAGGCAGUUCCUGUCAGCCUGGUGGGAAUCUUCAACUAUGAUGGUGCACAGGACUACUACCAUAAGAUGAUCGAGCUGUCAUCUGAAGCCAGGAGAACCUAUGAGGACAUGGUGUCAAGUCUGGAGCAGACGGACGAGGCAGAGGCACUGAACACUGAGGAAGAGCUGCAGAUCAAUAGCAUGGCUCAGGACGCUGAGGACAAUCCUGACACGCAGCCAAAGGAGCCAGAAUACAUAAAAAUUUGGAAGAAAAUGUUGGAGAAGGAGUACAACCAUAAAUUUUUGAACUUUGAGGAGCAGCUGAGCUCCAUGCGCUUGGACAGUGAAUGUACUGAAAACACGGAUGAAGAUAUGAAGAGUUGACAGUGGUGAAGCCCUCCGUGCCUAAAAAAAAAAAAAAAAGGAACCCACUUGUGCUGAUCACAAUCAUACCUAGGAUUUUGUUGGGAAAUUAAUCAUGUUGCUAAUAAUUGCAAAUGAAUCACAAGUUCCUUAAUUUUGUCGUGAAAAGCUAAAAUAAUAUUUUGUUGGGGGAGGGGGUUAUAAACUGGAGAGGUAAUCCACUGAUUUACUAGGACCAAAGCAGUGACUUGAAGAGAUCCCACAAUAUGAAUUUUCAACCAUGUUGUCUGUGAACAUAACUAGGGGAUGCAUAGGAGUUUAUGCACUGAAUGUAUGUAGAAUAUCAACCAGUUAUUAAGGACUAAGAAGUAAUCAGUGAUAAUUUGGUUUUAGACUUUAGCCCAAGAGCUGCUGUGUUCCUGUUUUGUUUUUUGUUUUUUUUUCCUCUCUCUUAUUAAUCAACGGGAACAGUAGAAAAAGGCAAGGUCAGGUCAGUGUCAGGAUGAAAUAAGAUUUUGAGCUUGUGAAAUGAUGGUUGUCUAUCACCCUUUGUAAAUCUGGAAAAAAUACAGAAAUUUAAGUUUGUGAAUAUAGAUGACAUUUGUGGUUCUUGGGGGG